GAGCGCCGGCCGCCGGCGUCGCUGCCUCUGCGCCACGGCGCCCGACUGCGAGCGCUCGCCGCGGCGUCCGCUCCGCUCAGUGACGCUCCGACUGUCUUGGAGUGGACUCGCGCGCCCGCACGCUGAAAGCCGAGUCACGUUGUCGGCGUCAUGGCCCGAGCUUAGACUUUCUUCGCGAGUCGUGGCUUCAGGACACCCUUCCGGCCAUGGCGAUGGACUUUCAGAGUGCCAUGGAGACGUUCGCGGAGGCCUGGGUGGCGGCCAGCAUCAAGGGGGCGCCCAUCUCAGAAGUUUCGUCGCAGAACCAGGCCCUGGCUUUGACGAGAACCAACAAGACACCCCCCUCAUCGGUAACGGGGCGCACGAGCCGGGAUUCUGCAGAAAGGGCAUCGACUCCCCAACCAGUCCUGUCCUCCACUCCCCUGGACAACACCGUGUCGCCCCAGUCGAUCAAAGAUGAGUCCUCCACCGGAAAGUCGAUCCCUGUCCAUUGCAUAGUUGAAACCAUUUCGGUUCUGGACGAGAACCGUAUCCAGCACGGCGUGUGGCGAAGGAGGCCUCUCAUCGAAACAGACACCUACGUGAUCAUUCCCACGGGAACCCCCUUCCACAACCUGGUGCAGGCUGCGCUGUACCGCUUGGGUUACUCUCCAGAGAGCGCAGCAGCGGCCAAGGGUUCCGUGCUGAUUAAGAAUUGGAAAGCGCUCAACUUCGACCAGAUUUCCGAUGACCCCUUGGUCACCGUCGGCGACAUAUUGGGAGAGCUCUCCACUGUGGCCACUCUCAGGAUACAGGUUUUUCGGGGCAAGCCUGGAUUUUUGACGGACAUCAAGGACAAACUGCUGAGAUAUCUUUUGCUGCAAUCUCAUGGAAUCUUGCUUUCUUCCGGCUGUCCUCUCGACGAAAUGAUAUUGUCGCAAAUGUGCCGAAGUAACAUAGCGUCGGCGAGUUACCCGGAAAUCUCGGAAGAAACACGCCGCAAAUUCGAUUUGUGGUGGUCCGCUCAAGUCACUUCCCAAAUCCCAGCAUCCAGGUCUCAGUUCAUUCCCUCGUACCCUAGCCAGUAUUCCAUGCCGACGCCAACGCCUCCUCUGGAACGUACUAUUUCUGAGUCCAACCACCCGGCCAUACAGACGGUCCACAGUCAAUUCCCUACCCAGAAGACUCGAAUGAGGACUAGUUUCGAUCCAGAACUCGAACUUCCGAAGCUCCAGCGUUGGUUUACGGAAAACCAGCACCCCAGUCGGCAGCAGAUCCAACAGUACGUUAAGGAGUUAAACAGUCUGGAAUCGAGGAGAGGCCGGAAGCCUUUGGAUGUAAAUAACGUGGUGUACUGGUUCAAGAAUGCGCGGGCGGCGCAGAAAAGAGCGGAGGUGCGCAAUAUCAAUCCCAACAUGCACCUGCCAGUAAACGGAUUCUCGGCGCAUAGUCCUACAAACGGAGGUUUCCUCUUAGGAGACGGUUACUUAAAUUCAGAAAACAGGAUGAAAGGUGGACUGCUGAGAAGAGGACCUCAGAACUGCAAUACUUCCGAUGAGUUUUCCAAUAUGGGUUCCGACAUGGAAGACGAGGAACUGACGGAGACCCAGUCGCCCAGUCCUUCAGCUCCGCUCUCACUGACCACUACGAGGAAGUCUACCUCCAGAGAGGCGAGUCCGAAGACCGUCGCCUCCCCCUCCCCGGCACCUGACAUUCAAAUUGAAAAGUGCAAAGACGAGCCCGUGAACUACUCCUCCGGCGAUCGCAUCAAUAACAACAAGGUGCUGUUCAACGAAGAGGACGACAGGGAGACGGAAGACGACAGCAAGAGCCAUUAUGACUCUGCUACUUCCCCGAGCAGAUCGAUUUCGCAGCGCCUGUCUCCAGAUAUGAACGCCCAGCUCAUUGCCAGACCCCACGAUGGUCUGGACAGGUUGACUUCGGGGUUUCCGCUUGUGCCCAACACCAUGUUCAGCCACAACAUUAUGUACAUGAGCCAGUACAUUCCCAGCUUAUCCCAUCCGGUCCCUUCCGGCUGUUCGGGAGCGCUCAGUAUGUCCAGCCUGACAGUGGACGAGCGCAGGAAGAGGAACAGGACCUUCAUUGAUCCGGUGACUGAAGUUCCCAGGCUGGAGCAAUGGUUCGCGUUAAAUACUCACCCCUCUCACAAUCUGAUUAUCAAGUACACCGAAGAACUAAAUUGUAUGGCUUACCGGCAGAAGUUUCCUCGCUUGGAGCCGAAAAAUGUGCAGUUCUGGUUUAAGAAUCGCAGAGCCAAGUGCAAGAGGCUGAAGAUGUCGCUGUACGACAGCCCGUCAGGCCAGUACCACCACAGUGAGCGUGAUUAAAACUUGAUUACCACCGAUUAGCUUGAGACAAUAAUCAGAACUUGCUUUAAAGAAUGUUGGGUGCCACUUACGUCUAUUAUUUGCUAUCUCGAUGUUCAGUUUUGGCAUUUCGUAACCCGGUAGACACCAAUUUAUAUAAAUGUCGAUGCUUCGUGCAAUAUGUAAUUCUUAGUACAUUGUCUACCGCACAUUUACAUAUACAUGGGAUAUUUUAAAUUAGGACAGGUUUUAAAAACGGGAUAUUUUGCCUUUGUACCUGGACAUACUCCUUUGCGCGAUGUCUUCUACAAUACCAAUUAUAAAAAUGUUAAUGAUGAUGGAGAUUUAAUUUUCAAAAAUAAGUCUCGCCAAUUAAAUUUUUAUAUUUUCGUUACUUCUGAAAUAGUACUAUAUAGGUAUACCAUAAAAAUGUUUUAGACUAAGAUACGUAAUACCUAGAUAUUAUAGGCAGACUACUUUGGUAUUAUUUUUUAUUAUUACAUUAAUUCGAAAAAAUGUAAAUGUAGAGUUUUAGAAAACUAUUUGUAAAUGCUAAAACUAAUGAUAUAACUGUUGCUCAAAUAAAACUCCUCCAAAUUCCACCCUUCUAGCUAAAUAGUCUAAAGCUUUGAAAUAGUCACUAGAUAUUAGUCAUGAUGUACGUUGACUCUAAUAUACCAAAGAUAAAAAAGAAACUUAUGAAUUUUGUCUAUGAGGCAGUAUAUUGCAUAUUCAAAAAAUGUAUCAAUACCAUAAAACAUGUUUUAGAUGUAAGUGUAUUUGUGAAUAGUGAUGUGUGAUACAAGUCUUUUUUGUUAUAUUGUUUU